AUGCAUAUAAAGUCACAUCAAUUGGCGUUUGUAUUACUCGUAUGUCUGACGGGAAGCCUAGUGAUGGUGACCGCCGACGACACCACCUCUUCGUCGCCAUCGGAGGCGACGGCCGACAAAAAGGUGAAGAAACUGCAGAUCGGAGUCAAAAAACGUGUGGAAAACUGCGACCGCAAGAGCUCUAAGGGAGACAUACUUCACAUCCACUAUCGGGGCACUCUGUACGACACGGGCGCCGAGUUUGACAGCUCCUACAAAAGGGGUCAGCCGUUGACCUUUACCCUGGGCAUGGGUCAGGUGAUCGCCGGCUGGGAUCAGGGAUUGCUGGGUAUGUGCGCCGGCGAGAAGCGAAAGCUGGUGAUCCCGUCGGACUUGGCGUACGGGUCGGCCGGCGCCCCACCGACCAUACCGGCCAACGCCGCCCUCGUCUUCGAGGUCGAGUGCGUUCAGAUCGAGAACCGCAAGUCCGAGCUCUGACACCACCACCCCUUCCAUGCCUCCCGUUCCCCACAGACUUCCCAAUGAUUUUAUAGAGAAUUAAUUUUUUUCGUCAAUUGUGUUGUGAAAUACAAACGAGUUUUUAGUCAAUAUUUUUUCACACGUUUUAUACGAG